AAACAACAGUAUCUCUGCCAAAUGCUUCCGCAAAGAUGAAGCCCACAUUCAGGUGCUUCAACUGUAACUGUCUGGGUCACCUAGCAGCCGACUGUAACAAACCAAUAAGAGCAACUGGUGCUUGCUUUGGAUGUGGUGAAAUGGGUCACCGAGUGGCAGAUUGCAGUCAAAAUAAGAAGAAGCCCGCAGCAAUAUCAGAUGCCUCAUAGACUCAGGAAGCGCAGUUAG